UGUACCCUAAAUAAAAAAAAGCCGAGCAGCGCUCCAGCAACUCGGCAGCCGACCGACCGACCAACCAACCAACCGCAGAUCCCGUCCCCCUUCCCUCCACGGCUCGGACCCCUCCUCCUGCUGCUCUUCCCCGCCUCGGAUCCCUCCCUCCCCCGCUUCCGGAUGCGGCCGGGGCCACCGCCGCCGGAUCCGCCUAUCUAGUUGGUGCUGCUGCUGCCGCUGUUUGGUUGUAGCGAGGAGGGGAAGAUGACGUUCUGGAGGGACGGUGGCGGGAGCGGGGGCGGAAGUGGGCGAGACCUCAACGGCGGGCCGCCCUGCGGCCAGGUGCGCGUCCUCGUCGUCGGCGACUCAGGUGUGGGGAAAUCAUCCUUGGUACAUCUCUUGUUAAAAGGUCCUGCAGUUGCUCGACCAGCCCAAACAAUUGGAUGCACCGUGGGUGUUAAACAUAUUACUUACAGCAGUCAAGGGAGUUCGUCUAAUAGCAUCAAGGGUGAUGCCACUGAUGCUGAAAGGAACUUUGUUGAGCUUUGCACACGAGUGCGUAGUGUGGGUGCAAGGCACCAUGGGUGGUUGCAAGCCAGCCAGGGUUUGAUCCCUGGCAGCCACAAUUUAGCAUCCAAAGAAUGCCAAGGUCUCCCCUCAAACUUUUUGCGAACAGGCAUGGAGCCUGGUGGCAAAACUCCAAGGUGGGAGCUGAGCCGGUGGGAUUCGAUCCCCUGUCCUGCACCCAACCCCGGGCCUCCAAUGAAGUGUAUCCGCAUUGUUAAAAAAAACUUUGUUGAGCUUUGGGAUGUUUCAGGACAUGAGCGUUACAUCCGCUACACUUAGCACAAAUUCACAUCUAGUACAAGAAAGUGCAAAGAACAUAUAAGUGAAGUUUGCUAACAUAAUUAUCUUACAAAAUACUAUGCAAUGCAAAUAUAAUAAAAGUAAGAUAGAGUACGUAAAAGGCAACUUU